AUGAUGAAGGGGGACACGAUUGUCAUUCAAGUCCCGAGGGAUAAUGGACCGUCUUCCAGCAUUAUCGGUAACCCGGGGGAUAUGGAGACUGAUGACUUUGGUGUGGAAGCUGAGCUGACAAGUUUGUCGUGGCUUCAAUCACUUGACAUUACCAGCGCAUCAAGUUUACCUACGCCACCAUGUUCGCCAUCUCCACCGCCUGUUGUAAAACGACCACCAAAAAAAAUGUCACCGCUUGUCAAAGCUGAACUUGAUUUAGCUGAUAAUGCAGAAAAAUAUCACACAGAUCCUGAUCUUAAACCCCCAUUUUCAUACGCAACACUGAUAUGCCUCGCAAUGCGUGCUAACAAUAAUAAAUUAACUUUAUCAAGUAUUUACGCAUGGAUACGUGAAAAUUUUGUUUAUUAUCGUCAUGCGGAUCCCGCUUGGCAGAAUUCCAUAAGACACAACUUGUCAUUGAACAAGUGUUUUAUAAAAUUACCGCGUUCGAAAGACGAGCCUGGCAAGGGUGGCUUCUGGAAACUAGAUCUAGAGUGUCUUGAGGAUGGGAAACGUACCCGAAGACGUUCAGGGGCCUCCAGAUACAACAGAUCAAGUAAGACUUCAUCAUCCACAUCUGUGCCGACGACACCGCCGAUUCUACCGCAGGUUGCGUCGGCCGCGACGGGGGAAAUCACCACGGAAAUAAUAACGACGAUGAAUUUAAAUGACCCGAAAAUAACGACGGUCUUCUACGAGACUCCGCCAAGCAGCGUAUCGCCACCGAUACCUGAUUGUUUACCUGAAGUGCCUGAAUCAAACCAAGUUAGUCUUAGUGAAGAUGACCUGACAGGGCUGCUAAUUGCGACUGUAGGCUGGGAUGAGAAUCAACUUGAUCUUCUUGAUUCUCUACUCGACUCACUUUAG